GAAAAAUAAUAAUAAAAAAGGGGGUGCAAUCUCAAUCAUAUGAAGUGAAACAAAAUAAAAUAAGGCAGAUAGGCACACCCAGUGUCGUGACUCACAACUCCAUGGCGUAGAAACACGAUGAUGAUUGAUGAAGUGUCUUCAUCAUUAAAGCCAAUUCUCAAACUUGUGAAGCUUAAUAGUGCCUGAUUCUUCUUCCUCUCCUAAAUCCUUCACCUUUCUCUCUCUUUCAUUUCAAUUUUGUUACCCUUUGCAUCCAUGCCAUAUUGGAACAACCAAACGGGAUUGUUCCUACACAAGUAAAUUCAACUCUUAAGCUACAAAAAUAUAAACUUUUUUAAUUUUUUCUUUUUGGGUUUUAAUAAGCCCUUGAAUCUAGAAGAAUAAACAUGCCUCUCAUGUCAACGAUUCCAAUUCAUAGAGCCGAAUUCCAUGCCUUAUUCUUCAAUGGGUCUUCAACCCCUUAUAAAUACCCAAGAAUUGCUGCUUCAUGGACCAUGGCCAUGGAUUCGAAAUUUUCACCAACAAUGAAGAAUAAUAAUGAUGAUGUGAAGAAAAAGGAGGAACUCUCUGUGCAGCUUUCAACCCCACCCGUUCCCAAAGUGGAAACCAACAAUCUUCAAUUUGAUCGCUUGCAGCCAUCGGAUCAAGAAUUGGUUCGAGUAAAUAGGUUUGAGUUUGGGCAAUUUGUUGCACGAGAAGCUGUGCUUGAUGAAGAGUAUUGGACAGCAGCAUGGCUAAGGGCAGAAAGUCACUGGGAGAAUCGAACAUAUGAAAGAUAUAUUGAUAACUACAAAAGAAAAUUUGCCGAGCAGGAAUUUAAUGCAUUAAAAAGGCGGUGCAAGGUACAAUAUGGGGAUAGCUGCACAUGCAUUAUCACGGUGAGGAAGGAGCAAAAGAAUGUAAAGCACUCAAUAUUAAAAAGUGUUGUAGGAACCCUUGAUUUGAAUAUCCGACAUUUGCUACAAGGAGAGACUUUUCCCGGGGAACGCGUAAAGGCUCCUCUUUUUUGCUGCAUCAACAGAACACCACCAAGCAGAUAUGGCUAUAUUGCAAACUUAUGCGUUGCCAAAUCUUCUCGCCGACAGGGAAUUGCAAUCAACAUGAUGUAUUUUGCUGUUGAAGCUGCAAAAUCUAAUGGUGUAUGUGCAUGUGGACAGAAAUAAUAGACCUGCUCAGAUAUUGUACCAAAAGAUGGGCUUCGAGAUGGUUGAAAUGGCAAACUCCCGGUCGUUACUUGAGGAAACAUACUUGCUACGUUUACAGACAUAAAAUACCAAAGAUUAUUACUUACGCUUCAAUUGGAUUGCUUCGAAACAGUUGCACAUUUCAAAAUCCGAAUAGUUCCUCUAAUCAUAGAGGUAUAAGCUUUUAGAUUAUGUAAAUGCAUGUAGAUGUUUACGUAUGUACCUGAGGGAAAAAGUUUCCUUUUUUAAUGUAUGGACAUUUCAUUCUGCAGUUCGUAUAGGUGUCUUGUAUUCUUCCUGCAGUUAUAUUUGACGGGAAAAAAACUCGUCAUUUGAAAAACAAAUUCAGAUGUAUUGGAUGUAAAAAGGGUUUUAAUCGCAACGUUGGCAUUAUUUUCGUGGCUAAUGGAUCAUAUUUCUCGAUUCUGUAGUGUCUCCCUUUCCUAGGAUUUACUUCAUUUAGAGUUUUAUUGGACAUUGUAACCAGUUUUUUGUAUUUUCAGAGACGAGUUAAUGGAAUUAUUUCAAAGGAAGAAAAUUGACUUCGGCUCAACGGAGGCUAACAAUGGUCAAACGAACAUGCUCUUAG